AUGGCACCAACACUCUCCCUCUCGUCGACCCUGGCCAUACUGAUUCUGGCCCCCGAUGCGUCCAGCGGAGACCCGCGCCUCUUCGCGAAGUAUUACACGCCGCCGCACCACGCUCCCUCUGCCCCCGCACCCACACCCGCUUAUGCAACAUUAAAAGAGCAGAAGGCCUUUGAAAAGGGCUUGCUGGAAAAGACCGCGAAGCAGAGUUCGGAUGUGAUUCUGUACGACAACAAGAUUGUGGUUUUCAAGUCCGAAAGCGAUGUCAUGCUGUAUGUGGUUGGGGAAAGCCACGAGAACGAAGUGCUCCUGUAUAACGUGGUGCUAUGCCUCAGAGACACUCUCUCCUUGCUCCUAAAGAACUCUACCGACCGCCGCACCCUCCUAGAGAACUACGACCUCCUUUCGCUAGCAAUCGACGAGAUCGUUGAUGACGGUAUCAUCCUCGAGACCGACCCCAUCAUGGUCGCGAGUCGUGUCUCGAGAGCCCCUGCGCAAGACGCGCCAAACAUGAAGAACAUUGACCUGAGCGAGCAGGGUAUCCAGAACCUGUGGGAGUUCGGAAAGAAGCAGGGUAUCGACUUUGUGCGGCGGAAUCUGUGA